GUACGUGCUCUUUUGGAGGAGACGUCAUACUUGCAAACACUCAACACCUGCCACCCUUUGCUUUGUGAUACCUUCACAGUGUUCAGACUCCAGAAGUGCCUCUCGUCCACAGAGGUCUGCUGAUACUUGUCUGAAAGUUUCUGGGAACAGAAGAUAAGUUGUGUUCUCAGCCAACGGAUUCAUCAGUCUCACAACUUUGAGUGUGAGCCCACAGAUGGCCGCCCUGUGUAAUGGAGCCAAGAAACCUGAGGGCAGUGAUCUGGUUGUAGACCCCCGGCCGCCUCCUGCCAAGCUGGCUCGACUGGAACAAAACGGAGCGGGACCCUCGACGCAGGAGAGGAGCUGUCAGGGGAGUCCUGUGGCCAAAAACCCCUGCCUGUCCCAGAAACCCACCCCAGUGAGGCCCCAGAGCAAGAGCUGGCACAGCAAAGGGAGCCUGCUGCCGGUUUUCUGUGUGGUGGAGCACAGAGAAAAUCCUCUGGAGGUGGAGAGGAAAGAAGAACACGCUGAGUUUGUGUUGGUCAAGAGAGAUCUGCUGUUCAACCAGCUGAUAGAGAUGGCUCUGCUAACACUGGGCUACUCGCACAGCUCUGCUGCACAGGCCAGAGGUCUGAUCCAGGUGGGCAGGUGGAACCCGGUGCCGCUGUCCUGUGUGACAGAUGCUCCUGAUGCCACCGUGGCUGAUAUGCUGCAAGAUCUUCACCAUAUUAUCACACUUAAAAUACAGCUGCACAGCUGUCCCAAACUGGAGGACUUACCACCCGAGCAGUGGAGUCACUCCACGGUGAGAAACGCUCUGAAGGAGCUCCUGAAGGACAUGAACCAGAGCUCCCUGGCCAAGGAGUGCCCCCUGUCCCAGAGUAUGAUAUCAUCUAUUGUAAAUAGCACUUACUAUGCAAAUGUCUCAGCUGCCAAGUGUCACGAGUUUGGUCGAUGGUACAAGCACUUCAAGAAGACCAAAUGCUUCAAGGAUAUUGACAGCUUCUCUGACCAGACUGCACAUAUCACCCUCACUCAGCAGCCAAUCACAAGCAGCCCAGCUGAUCAGAGCCCAACCAUGUUUUUCUCUCAUGGAGAAGUAGCCAGCAUAUGUGGCCGGUCCCCGCUCGGCAGGCGCCCCCCCGGGUUGGUAACCCAGCCAUUAAGCUCACAAAUGGUCAACCAGCAGCUGGUGAUGGCUCAGUUUCUCAACCAGCAGUAUGCUGUUAGCCGCAUGCUAGCUGGCCAGGGUCUCUCACCGUCCCCACAGCAGUUUCUCAACCACCCGCCGGUAGUGAUUCCUCCCCCUCCUCCAAUGGUUUUCUCCAAAGCCCCUGAUUCCCAAGCCCCACAGCAGGCCCAGUGCUGCCCAGGAGGAGGCCCUGUAGCCGGGACGCAAACCCAGACAUUGGCUGGGUCUUCUGUUGGGUCGUCAGACGUGCCAUUUGAAAUCUACCACUGUGUGAGGGAGGAACUGAAGAGAGCAGGCAUCUCUCAAGCUGUCUUUGCACGAGUGGCCUUUAACAGGACCCAGGGUCUGCUGUCGGAGAUUUUGCGGAAAGAGGAGGACCCUAACCACGCCUCCCAGUCUCUGCUGGUCAAUCUGCGGGCCAUGUACAGCUUCCUGCAGGUGCACGAGGCUGAGAGGGAUCGCAUCUACCUGGAGGAGAAAGACAGAACCUUGACUGGAUUCAUCCCAGGCUGCAAUAACACGCCACCGAGAUCCACACAGGCGAGACUGUCCCCAGUUUUAGGAGACAGAGGGUUGAGGACAGACAGCUGUGUACUCAAUGUGAGCGCUUCUAUCUACGAGGACAUUCAGCACGAGAUGAAGAGAGCCAAGGUGUCUCAGGCUCUGUUUGCAAAAGUUUCCGUCUCCAAGAGUCAGGGCUGGCUGUGUGAGCUGCUGCGUUGGAAAGAGGAUCCCAACCCAGAUAACCGGACCCUGUGGGAGAACCUGUGCAUGAUCCGCCGGUUCCUCAGCCUGUCGCAGACCGAACGAGACACCAUCUACGAGCAGGAGAGCAGCAGCACGGCUCAGCAGCACUCUGACAGGCUGACACUGCUCAGCAACGACAGCACACUGUACCAACGCCACUCUCCUCUGCCGCAGCAGCACCAUCUCCAGCCCCAUCAGCCACUGCAGCCAGAGGCAGGACCUCACCUGUCUCCACGGCAACCAUGUGCUGCAUCACCAGCAGAGUGUGAGGCGGGGAACAACUGGGGGCACGUGAGGGUGCAUCUGCAGGGCAGGAGCAGCAGUAAUGGAGAGAGGGGAGACAGUAAGGACUGGGUUGAGGGCGAGAUGAGCAUUUUCGGAGGGGGACUGGGGUGUACUGGGAGGGUGAGGGAGAAGGGUAUGGAAAGUAAGGAGCAGGUGAGGAAUGGGAGUGUUGGGGAGGAAGGGAUUGGUGACAUCAUUAGAGAGUGCAAAGAGGAGGUGAAGCUCACUAUGAAGUGGCCCAGCGUGAAGGAUGAGGAGCGAGGUGAGGCUGGGGUGUGUUUAGAGGCAGAUAGUGAGGUCCAGGGGUUAAAAGUGUCCCAUGAGGCUCUGGGAAUCCUGCAGAGCUUCAUUCAAGACGUGGGACUCGACCCAGACGAAGAGGCCAUACACACCCUGUCCGCUCAGCUGGGCCUGCCCAAACACACCAUCCAAAAGUUCUUCAACAGCCAGGACCAUGACCGGCAUCCACACCACACCCAGAGCCCAAAACUGAGUCAAAAACACGGCUGCACGGACCCAAACCUCUCCCAGACAGUCAUACCUGCAGAGGAACAAGAGGAGGAAGGUGAUGGAAGGACUGAGGCAGAAUUAAAGGAGGAGCAGGAGGAGAAUCAAACGGGGAGAAAUGAAGCAAACGGGAUUGAUGUUUUUAAAGAUUCUGAUGUCGGCACUCAAACCAUUAGCACUAUGAAGGAAGAGCACGAGAGUUACAUAUAAACUAAUUCCAUUAGACUUUUGCUAUUUGCUAUUGGUUGUCCUUAAAUCCUGUGGAAAGACUAAAAGCUGACUUUCUACCACAGCCUUAAGGAUGCUACUGCUACAAUAGAAAGCUCUCAUGUGAUUUGACCCCUUCUGCAAUUGAGACAGAACAUAACUGUGACUAUAUGAGCAGAUGAUGUCUCAACACAUUGGUUCUGUGUUGUGUCUGGAUGAAUGGGACCUGAUAAAAGAGCCUCAGAUAACAUAUCACUGUGUAAAAAAGGGUUAUUAUUAUAUUUGGUCGGUGAAAUGUUCAAGCCAGAAAUGCCUUGUAGAAAGUGGCACUGCCAAUCUGUUUUUUUAAAUAUACUGUAUACUUUGUUUUUUUAAAUUGUGAUUUGUGUUCAGAUAUUCGUAAAUCAUUUAAAACGGUUUCCUUCAGGAAUCACACUGUUAUAUCUUACAUUGUCGUUAUUUGUCACAUUGUAAUAAAUCCUGAUUAUGUUA